CGACUCUGAAACACGAUCGGUGCAGGGCAUGCACAAGUUCGAGCGCUUGCAUAAGCCACCGACCAAUCACCGCUCACAGCGCCCCUGUCCAGCUGCAAGGUGAUCUCCCGUCAACACCUUACGCGCCGACAUGCACAACGCCUCACCAAUCCGCUUCGCUUGUCCGUCCAAGACAUGGCAUUUCGACGCCGAUACCUCUAUAAUAAGUGGCAAGCAUGAGAAAAUCGCCGGCCACGACCCCAGUACCUUGUAAAAUCGCACCAUGUUAGCCGCCCGCAACGCUCAUCCCAGCGGGGUACUGGACUGAAAUAGCCUCUGCCAACGAGGGCGCGAAUAUAGAGAUGGGCAUCCUACCUAACUUGCUAAGGAUUGUGCCGUCCGAUCGAGUUGAUCUCGCAACUUUCACGCGACCCUCGCACUACCUGCUCGAAUCCUCCCGACGUACCACUGCCUCCCUACCGCACACCUGUUGUCAACAUGAGCCGUGCUCUAUUCUUCUCGUUGUUGCUUCCUUUGCUCGCAUUUGCCCAGGACUCGAGCUCGGGUAGUGAGCUACCUCCUCCAGGAUACAACGGCGGUUCAGACAACCCUCAGGAUUCGGACGAUGCGGGUGCAGCUGGGUCAUCAAAGGGUGCCUUCGAGCUGUCAUCUGGUGGGCUCAUCGCCAUCAUCGUGGUAGCCGUGAUUGUGGUUAUCGGAGGCAUCGGCUCGGCCACUCUGUGGUGGCUCGCAAAGAAACGUCAGUGGGACGUCCGACAGUCCAUUCGUCGCGCCUCGCGUCGUAUCACCGGUCGCUCGACUGUAGAUGUCGGCAAACAGAACCGCCAGAACCGUCGCACGGGUAUCCGUCUAAACUCGCCUCCGCCAGGCAAGAACGCAAAGCCUAAGCAGGAACACGACCUUGAGAAAGGACUUCCGAUGUCAAGCAAAGAGGGUCGCACAACUACGACUAUAUCAAGCACGAUCAGAUAGACGCAACAUUGGUCGGCUGCCAAGCGCUUGUUAGUUGCCCACAGUGCCCAUCUGAAACCAACAGCAUAAGGCCAGUCAACAUAAAUGUUGAGCUAAGCUCCGUUUACCUGUCGCCAAGGAGAUGCUGUCGACCAUCGGCCCUCAAGCCGAAGUGGCGUUCGCCGCAUGGCAUAUGAGUGUACGACUAUGGAUGGGAUGGAUAGAUGUAAGAAGUGGCUUCGUGUGUUCUUACAUCUUAGGGAGGGCGUUUUCGUUUCUUGUCGAUUGUAUCUUUUAGCAACUAUGAUAUCCACGCCCAUUUCAGACCUCUGGCGGCGUAUUCGCAAUAGAAUCAAGUACUUUUCACAAAUUACAACCAUUUAUUUCUCGA